AUGAAAAUCAUCGUGGAGAAGAGCCUGUCCCACAGGUCGCCGCCUGGCCUGCUGGACCUUCGGAAGAACCUAGAGGCCCGCGCUGCCACGACUUACGCCCCGCCUCCUAAACCAUCUGAGCAGACCAUAGGCACCGAUAAAAGAGACCGUGUUCUCGGCACCGGGGCACGCACGCCGCGUAGCUUGGCCGCCGAUGCCCAACGACAAGCGGAGCACAGACAGAAGUUUCGGCCGGAGGAUCCAGCGACGAGGAAUCUGUGA